GACUAUUCCGCUUGAGCUUGCUCUUGGGGCAAAGUCGUUAGCGCGCUGGACUUCGGGCUAGAAGGUCGAGGGUUGAGACUUGCUCCCUGCCUGCUUCAUUACAGUACGUUUUGUCGCAUGAAGAUGACAGCGUGUAGAAAAUAUUGCGUCACAUCGUGAAAUAUCCAAUCAUAAUUUAGUAUUUUAUUGCGGCAAAUUUGAAAAUGUUUCAGGUCGCAGUCGACAUCCGUUAAUCUCGAAAACCCGAUCCUUGUUGCCAACGUCGGGUUUUCGAGACUAACGUAAGACGUCCGUCGGCUUUGGGCCCGAAGAGAACCAAACGAAUGAGGGGAAUGAAGUGCUUGAAUUGUAAUGUUUAAUUGACAAACGUUGUCUGAAGAAAUGGAUGACGUGGUCAAAAAUAAGCUUAAGAGCAAUGCCAAGAUUUACAGUAACACUUUGGCGCGAAUAGUUCAAAAGUGGUGGAUAAUUCCAAACUGAAUGGGACUAGGAGUAGCCUGUGGGGUGCGCCAGAGGAGCUGGCGCGCUCUCUGAGCAGUCAACGUAGCACUCUACUGGACCAGUAUCCCAGCAUGGUCAGCCAGGUAGGAGAGGCCUGGCGGCGCCAACAUAUGUCCGACGUGGCUGUAGGGGUUUUGAGGAGGUACCACAGGCUCAGGUGGUUCUCUAACAGAAACCUCAAUUUCAACAUCAGACCUGCUCACAGAAAGACUACCCUCAACAAUGGCCAAUCCUUUCUCCAAACACUUCAGAACACCAUACUGAAUGUGAGUAACCCAAAGAGUCCAAAGUUGAACCUCAAAAUGACAACAACCCACACCCAUCUUCCUCCACAGACCAAGGUCAACCUCCAGGAAUGGCCAGCAGAGAGGCUGUCCCACAGGAAGGGUACAGAUUCAGGGAACGGACAACCGUCCCACCCUGUUCUAGUGAUGGACUUCUCCUCUCGCCUCUCCUCUGCAGGCUCCAGUCCUGCCUCCUCCCCUCCCUCUGCAGCCCCCUCCCUUCUCUCUGCUCCCUCCUUUGCAGACUCCUCUCCUCCCUCCUCUGCAGCCUCCCUUCCCUCUUCUCUCUCCUCUGCAGACUCCUCCCUACAGGAGAGCCCUGAGCCGGAGGAGCCCCCCUUAAACCAAACCUUCAUGGUGUCCAUGCCCUCUUCCCCAUCCCCCAGGGUUAGACAUACUACCCUGGACUUCAGUCCUGCCAGAUCUGAAGACACCUUCACAGCAGGAGGGUUGAGCAGUCCAUCUCUAAGGAAGUGUGCCCUACCCACAUUUCCCCAUCAGAGGUUUUUCACAGCGGUAUGCCCUGUGGUCUGUAUGGAGAUGUCUUCAGACUACCGCUCCCCAGUAGCACAGAGUCCCUACAGAGCCAGACUGCUGAUCUGGGAUGGCCAGCGUGCAGCAUCUAACGCCCACCAUAGAAGCCCCAAGUCAGGCUUUGCUGGAUAUCAUCAAAGAAACACUGUGGAGCCCAGAUCUUCCCCUGAGUCUUCACCCUCCUCUCUUCAUAGGCCUCUGAUGCCACCCAGGAAGCCCCACCACCUGGACUCCUGCAAUCCCUCCCAGCUGAAACUCCAAUCGUCUAGAUUAUCAUCUGAUCAUGAGUCUGGGGCAGGCCAGCCAAGGCUCCGGCGACACUAUUCCCUGGAUUCCUUCUCCCCAUCUGUCAGUCUCUUACGAAACUCUGCUAAGCAGAUUGACAAGGACUUCCAGAAGCUCUACCACAAGCUUGUCUGUCAGGGCAAAUCCUCCUCCUCCUCCUGCCGUACCUGUGAGAGGAGAGCAGAGACCACCAGAGGAACCUCCUCUUCUGCUCUGGCUGCCCUGGCCCUGUCUCCUCACCACUCUGUCAUGAGGAAGCGUCGCAGGGAGCUGGUCCAAGAACAGUCCCCAGAGUCCAAACGUUACAGGGAUAGCUCCUUUGCUUACUCCCCAGGAUCCCUCCGCCAGAGGGUAGAAAUGUUCAGGUGCCAGAACCGCUCAGACAGCCAUUUGUCCUCCAACCAGUGGGACAUCUCCUGUGACUCCCACAACUGGAGCCCCCGCAGGGCCAGUCUGGCUCAUACCCACCACAGCCCCCAUCACCAAUAUCACUCAUCAAAUGUAGCAGUCAGGAAAGCUGAAGGCUCCUGGCCUGGCCUGCAUGUUGAUCAGUACUCUCCUGCUUGGAGAGAGAAAUACAGCCGAUUUGUUGGAAUUCAUCAAGGAAAGUCAAUUGUCAAGGAAGAGUGCCAAUGUGGCUGUUCGCCAAGUUUCUCUAGGAGACAGCUUCUGUAUAAAUGAUGUCAACCCACAGAAAGGCUGUCCUGUCCUGCACCUCUACCUGAGUUUUUUUAUAUGCCAGAGUUGAAAACAUCUCUGCUGUUUAUCUGCAUUUGAAAACAUACUUAGGAUGUCCCAAUAACCAUUAACUAAUUUGUUAUAAUGAAAUGUUUAUGCAAUGUCUUUUUAUAUACAGUACCAGUCAAAAGUUUGGACAAACCUACUCAUGCAAUGGUUUUUCUUUAUUUUUACAUUGUAGAAUAAUAGUGAAGAUUUUUUCAAAUCUAAGAAAUAACACAUAUGGACUCAUGUAGUAACCAAAAAAGUUGAAUAAAUCCAAAUAUAUUUUAAAUUCUUCAAAGUAGCCAGCCUUUGCCUUGAUGACAGCUUUGUGCAUGCUUGGCAUUCUCUCAACCAGCUUCACCUGGAAUGUUUUUCCAACCAUCUUGAAGGAGGUCCCACAUGUGCUGAGAGCUUCUUGACUGCUUUUCCUUCACUCUGUGGUUCAACUCAUCCCAAACCAUCUCAAUUGGGUUGAGGUUGGGUGAUUGUGGAGGCCAGGUCAUCUGAUACAGCACUCCAUCACUCUCCUCCUUGGUCAAAUAGCCCGUACACAGCCUGGAGGUGUGUUGGGUCAUUGUCCUGUUGAAAAACAAAUGAUAGCCCCACUAAGCGCAAACCAGAUGGGAUGGCAUAUCAUUGCAGAAUGCUUUGGUAGCCAAGCUGGUUAAGUGUGCCUUGAAUUCUAAAUAAAUCACAAAGUCCCCAGCAAAGCACCAUCACACCUCCUCCAUGCUUCACGGUGGGGACCACACAUGCAGAGAGCAUCCGUUCACCUACUCCGUGUCUCGCAGACACAGCGGUUGGAACCAAAAAUCAAACAUUUGGACUCAUCAGACCAAAGGACAGGUUUCCACCAGUCUAAUGUCCACUGCUCGUGUUUCUUGGCCCAAACAAGUCUCUUCUGCUUAUUUGUGUCCAUUAGUAGUGGUUACUUUGCAGUAAUUUGACCAUGAAGGCUUGAGUCACGCGGUCUACUCUGAACAGUUGAGAUGUUUGUUACUUCAACUCGGGUGCAUUUAUUUGGGAUGAAAUUUCUGAGGCUGAUAACUCAUGAACUUAUCCUCUGCAGCAGAGGUAACUGGUUCUUCCUGUCCUGUGGCGGUCCUCAGGAGAGACAGUUUCAUCAUAGCGCUGGAUCGUUUUUGUGACUGCACUUGAAGAAACUUUCAAAGUUCUUAAUUUUCCGUAUUGACUGACCAUGUCUUAAAGUGAUGAUGGAAUGUCGUUUAUCUGCUUAUUUGAGCUGUUCUUGCCAUAAUAUGGACUUGGUCUUUUACCAAAUAGGGCUAUUUUCUGUAUACCACCCUUCUCACAACUGACUGGCUUAAAAGAACUAAGGAAAGAAAUUCCACAAAUUAACAAGGCACACCUGUUAAUUGAAAUGCAUUCCAGGUGACUACCUCAUGAAGCUGGUUGAGAGAAUGCCAAGCGUGUGCGAAGCUGUCAAGGCAAAGUGUGGCUACUUUGAUAUAAAAUAUUUUUAACACUUGUUAAAACAUGAUUCCAUAUGUUAUUUCAUAGUUUGGAUGUCUUCACUAUUCUCCAAAUGUAGAAAAUAGUAAAAAUAAAAACCCUGGAAUGAGUAGUGUCCAAAUGUUUGGUACUGUAUAUACACUGCUCAAAAAAAUAAAGGGAACACUAAAAUAACAUCCUAGAUCUGAAUGAAAUAUUCUUAUUAAAUACUUUUUUCUUUACAUAGUUGAAUGUGCUGACAACAAAAUCACACAAAAAUUAUCAAUGGACCAGCAUAUGGUCUCACAAGGGGUCUGAGGAUCUCAUCUCGGUACCUAAUGGCAGUCAGGCUACCUCUGGCGAGCACAUGGAGGGCUGUGCGGCCCCCCAAAGAAAUGCCACACCAUGACUGACCCACCGCCAAACUGGUCAUGCUGGAGGAUGUUGCAGGCAGCAGAACGUUCUCCACGGUGUCUCCAGACUCUGUAAUGUCUGUCACGUGCUCAGUGUGAACCUGCUUUCAUCUGUGAAGAGCACAGGGUGCCAGUCGCGAAUUUGCCAAUCUUGAUGUUCUCUGGCAAAUGCCAAACGUCCUGCACGGUGUUGGGCUGUAAGCACAACCCCCACCUGUGGACGUCGGGCCCUCAUGGAGCCUGUUUCUGACCGUUUGAGCAGACACAUGCACAUUUGUGGCCUGCUGGAGGUCAUUUUGCAGGGCUCUGGCAGUGCUCCUCGCACAAAGGCGGAGGUAGCGGUCCUGCUGCUGGGUUGUUGCCCUCCUACGGCCUCCACGUCUCCUGAUGUACUGGCCUGUCUCCUGGUAGCGCCUCCAUGCUCUGGACACUACGCUGACAGACACAGCAAACCUUCUUGCCACAGCUCGUAUUGAUGUGCCAUCCUGGAUGAGCUGCACUACCUGAGCCACUUGUGUGGGUUGUAGACUCCGUCUCAUGCUACCACUAGAGUGAAAGAACCGCCAGCAUUCAAAAGUGACCAAAAUAUCAGCCAGGAAGCAUAGGAACUGAGAAGUGGUCUGUGGUCACCACACUGCAGAACCACUCCUUUAUUGCGGGUGUCUUGCUAAUUGCCUAUAAUUUCCACCUGUUGUCUAUUCCAUUUGCACAACAGCAUGUGAAAUGUAUUGUCAAUCAGUGUUGCUUCCUAAGUGGACAGUUUGAUUUCACAGAAGUGUGAUUGACUUAGUUACAUUGUGUUGUUUAAGUGUUCCCUUUAUUUUUUUGAGCAGUGUAUAUUGAAUUUCCUACAGAUGUUAUAACUGCCAUGGUUGUUUCAUAACUGAGUGCAUAAUAAAUACUGAAUGACUUAAAUUGUAAUAAAAAAAUACAAGGUUUUCAAAAGUA